AUGACAGCACCAAUCGAUUUGACCGGUGACUCUGGUGUAGUCAAAACGAUACUGACGGAAGCCUUGUGCGAUGAAACGCCUGAAAAUGGGCACGAAGUAGAGGUUCAUUACACAGGCAAGCUAGAAUCCGGGCUUGUCUUCGAUUCUUCACAUAAACGCAAUGCUACGUUCAAAUUUCUCCUGGGAACUGGCAACGUCAUUAAGGGAUGGGAUGUUGGUGUGGCGUCGAUGAAACUCGGAGAAAAGUCUUUGUUUGUAAUACAGCCGGAAUAUGGAUACGGAGCUGCGGGUGCUGGAACAUCGAUCCCGCCAAACUCAGUGCUAUAUUUCGAAAUUGAACUUUUAAACUCACGACCGAAACCGAAGGACUACAAUGAUAUGUCUAUGGAAGAAAGGAUACAGGCAGCUAGCGAUGCGAAAGCGACGGGUAACCAGAAAUUCAUGAAGGGGCAAUAUAGGUCCGCCAUAUCCAUGUAUGAGGACGGUUUACGGUACCUGACGGCGAGAGAUGAGUGGCCAGAUGAUGCCCGUCAAGUAUCCGAUCGGAUAAAACUGCAAUGUCACCUUAACUUGGCGAACUGUUUUUUAAAAAUUGAAGAUUACUUUAACGCUGAGACCAACGCUACAGAAGGUCUAAGGCUGGAACCCUCGAACAUUAAAGGGUUAUAUCGCCGGGCGCUAGCCAGGAUCAAAACGGGUUCAUUUGCGGAGACCAUAGAGGAUCUGACGCAGCUGCUUAAGAUUGAGCCUAAGAAUGCGGACGCCUUAAGCUUGUACAAAAUGGCGAAAGUGAAGCUUCAUGAGCAAAACGAACGUGCGAAGAAAAAGUAUGGAAGCAUUUUUCAAAAUUUGUCGCUAUACACCGAAAAACGCGGUGUUAGGAACAUCCACCUCCUGCCUAGGGUGUACAUGGACAUAUCUGUCGGAGAAUAUCGCGGCAGGAUUGUCAUAGCGUUGUUUGAGGAUACAGUGCCUAAAACCGUCAAAAAUUUCCAGCAGCUCAGCGACGAAAACGCUGAUGUUAAUUACAAGGGUAACAAGUUCCACCGACUCAUCAAGGGCUUUAUGAUCCAGGGAGGCGACGUUACCAAUGGAGACGGAACAGGCGGUAUCAGCAUAUACGGUGACCAAUUCGACGACGAAGCAUUCGAUGACAAGCACACCGAACGCGGUCUGCUAAGUAUGGCAAACUGCGGGCCAAACACCAAUAACUCGCAAUUUUUCAUUACGUUUGUCGCCACACCUCAUCUAGAUGGUAAGCAUGUUGUAUUCGGGAAAGUCGUAGAGGGAAUGGACGUACUAGACGUCAUCGAGGAAGUGGAAACAUUAGACAACGACCGACCUAAGGUUGACAUAACUAUAGAAGGUUGUGGAAAGUUGUAA